AUGACCCUCACAACUCAGUGGAGACUUCAGCAAAAUGUGAGGGAUAUGGGUAUAGAAGUUGUACUUCCAGGAGUCACUGCUUCUUUGAUGAGCCUUCAGGUUCAAUCGACAUUGGUCGAGCGAAUCAAGCCUGCACAGUUAGGUGACACAUUUCUUCAAAGAUGCAAGGAGUUAGUAGCAGCUGGUCUUCAUCCAGAAUUUGUUAUCCACAAGGAUGGAUCUUUAUGGUUUGGAAGUCGUAUCUGCGUGCCAGAAGGAGAUGUUUGGAAAGAAUUAUUAUGGGAAUCUCACAGCUCACUAUAUUCUAUUCACCCUGGAGGCACGAAGAUGUACCAGGACCUAAAGCUGAAUUUUUGGUGGCGUGGUAUGAAGAGAGACGUUGUUCGCAGUGUGGAGAAGUGGCUUGAAGAUCAUCUGCAUCUGGUGGAGUUUGCAUACAACAACAGUUUCCAGGUUAGCAUUGGAAUGGCCCCUUUCGCGGCAUUGUAUGGGAGGAAGUGUCGUUCUCCUUUGAGUUGGGACGACGUUGGUGAGCUAGAGAUUUUUGGGACCAAAUUGAUUGCCAAGUUAGUUGAUGCAUUGCGGAGAUAUGUCGGAGAUCCGAGUCAUGUCAUAGAUUUCUCAGAGAUUAAGGUGCAACCAAAUUUGGCAUAUGAGAAACAACCUGUGGUGAUUCUGAAGCAAAGAGAGAAGACUCUCUGGAACAAGACCGUCAUACUUGCUCGUGUGAUGUGGCACCCAGAUUCUCCUGGCGAGUCGACUUGGGAGACUGAGUCUGAGAUGCGACAACGAUACCCUCAUAUGUUUCCUGAAUCUUAG